GCAGUGGGGACACGGCGCAGGCGCCGUUAGGCGGCUCAACGGGCGGGAGGCGCGGCCGGCGCGCGGCGGAAGGCGUGGCGAGGCGCGGGACGUGUCCCCGUAUAAAAUGCCGCGCCCGGUAACGCCGCCGCCAUUCUGAGGGCUGGUGGAGGUUUGGUUGGUCUUGAGAGACGCCGUCGCCUUUACCACGAGAGAAAAAACCAAUACAAACAAUACAAAAUACAAUACAAAACGCGAACAAAACAACAAUAAUAUACAAAUAUACAACAAAGAGGGGAAGGAAAAAACCAGGUUUUCUCUCCCCCUUUGCCGUGAAGAGCCGCCGCAGCCUCUCCGUCCUUUGGACCGUCCUUGGAAGCCGUUCCAAACCCGAAGGAAACUUCCACUUUAGAAAACAUAUUUCCCUCUUCUUUCCCCCCAAAAAACAAAGGCAAAAACCCACUUUUUUUUUUCGAGCAGAAAAAAAACUCAGGCAACUUUUUUUUUUUUAAAUACUAUUUUUUUUUUUUUUGGUUUUCAGUUUAGCUCGAUCCACUCCUUUAGGGCUUUAAAAAACAAACAAAACCCAAGGGGAAAAAAAAAAACCCUUUAAAUAAUUCAAAAUACCCGUCAAGCUGCAAAAAAAAAGUUGCUGCGUUUUUUUUAAAGCCAUGAUUAAAAUGAAACGAAUUUUUUGGCUCUAACACCACCUCCAAAUGCCAAAAUCCAAACCUUGAAGCGCUGUCGGCUGAGCAAAAAAAUUGGAUAGCUGUUCCUGCCAUGGGCUCCGGCCCCAUCGACCCCAAGGAGCUCCUCAAGGGCCUCGAUUGUUUCCUGGGCCGGGAUGGCGAGGUCAAAACCAUGGAUGGCAUCUCCAAAAUCUUCAGCCUCAUGAAGGACUCGCAGAAGAUGGUGAGCCGCUGCAUUUACCUCAACAUCCUCCUGCAGACCCGGGCCCAGGACAUCCUCAACAAGUUCAUCCGGAUCGGGGGCUACAAGCUGCUCAACACGUGGCUGACGGGCUCCAAGGCCACCAACAAUGUCCCCUUCCUGCAGCAGCUGCUGCUCACCCUGCAGCACCUGCCCCUCACCGUGGACCACCUCAAGCAGAACAACACAGCCAAGCUGGUGAAGCAGCUCAGCAAGUCCAGCGAUGAUGAGGAGCUGCGCCGCCUGGCCUCCAUCCUGGUCAGCGACUGGAUGGGGGUGAUCCGCUCCCAGAGCAGCUCUCAGCCCACAGAACGGGAUAAAAAGAAGAGAAAAGAGGAAAACAAAAACAAAACUCCCGUCCCGGAGAAGCCCCAGGAGACCAAAAACGAGGCCAAAAAUGAGGAAAUUCCCGAAAAGAAACGGGAAAAACCCAAAUCCCUGCGGACCACGGCCCCCAGCCACGCCAAGUUCCGCUCCACAGGGCUGGAGCUGGAGACGCCGUCGCUGGCGCCGGUGAAGAAACUGAACUCGGCCUCGUCUGACAAAUACAGCCUGAAACCCGUCCCUGUCAAGAGGCAGAGUGCCCCGACAGCCCCAGGGGAGGCUCCUCUGGCAGAGAAGAAAUACAAACCCCUAAACACGGCCCCGAAUGCAGCCAAGGAGAUCAAAGUGAAGAUCAUCCCCCCACAGCCCAUGGAAGGCCUCGGGUUCCUGGACGCCCUGAACUCUGCGCCCGUCCCCGGCAUCAAAAUCAAAAAGAAGAAGAAAGUUCUGUCCCCAACAGCAGCCAAGCCCAGCCCCUUCGAGGGGAAGCCGGCGCCGGAGCCCAGCACGGCCAAGCCCUCGUCCCCAGAGCCGGCGGCCGCAGAGCCCAUGGACACGGAGCGGCCGGGGACGCCGGUGCCCGCCAUCGAGGUGCCCGAGCCCAUGGACACCGGCUCGUCGGAGGCGGGGGGUGACCCCAAGGCCACCGAUGUCCCCUCCGAGGGGGGCCCGGCCCCGCGCAGGCCCCGCAAGAAGAAAUCGGUGUCGUGGCCCGAGGAGGGGCGGCUGCGCGAGUACUUCUACUUCGAGCUGGACGAGACGGAGCGAGUGAACGUGAACAAGAUCAAGGACUUUGGCGAGGCGGCCAAGCGGGAGAUGCUGAAGGACCGGCACGCCUUCGAGACGGCGCGGCGCCUCAGCCACGACUCCAUGGAGGAGAAGGUGCCCUGGGCCUACCCCAAGGCCCUGGAGCUGCCGGCGCCGCUCGUCAUCCCCGGCAGCGGCAGCCGCGAGCGCUUCACGCAGGCCGAGCGCGUCAAGGGCAUCCUGCAGGAGAUCUUCCUCUCCAAGGAGAGCAUUCCCGACAGCCCCCACGAGCCCGACCCGGAAUCCUACGAGCCGCUCCCGCCCAAACUCAUCCCCUUGGACGAGGACUGCUCGGGCGAGGACGGGGCCUAUCCCGAGGGGCUGGAUCCCGGCGCCGCCGCGGCCUCCCCGGAGCCGGGGGCGGGGGCCAAGCUGCCCCCAGUGCUUGCCAACCUCAUGGGCAGCGUCGGGGCUGGCAAGGGACCCCCAGGACCCCCCCAAAACGCCCCCAUCAACAUGCAGGAGAUCCUCAGCUCCAUCAUGGGCGGCCCCAGCAGCCACAAGGCCGAGGAGCUGCUGAAGCAGCCGGACUACUCGGACAAGAUCAAACACCUGCUGGGCAACCUGGGCAGCCAGCCCCCAGGGGGGCCCGGGGCAGUUCCCCACGGGCUGCUGGGCCCUGGACCCAUGAACGGUUUCCCACCCCCCAAAAUGCAGCACUUCCCCCCGGGGGGGCCCAUGCCGGGUCCCCACGGCGGCGGCGGCGGGGGAGGGGGUCCCGGCCUCCCCCCGGGGCUCCCGGGGGGUCCCCGAAUGUUGGGGCCGCCCCCUCCCCAACGCGGCGGCGAUUUCUGGGGGGAGGGGCCCGACGGGGGUGGGGGAGGGGGCGGCCUCCGCGGGGGCCCCCCCAACGGGGGAGGGGGAAUGCGCGGGGGAGGGGGAGGGGGCGGCGGGGGGGGGCCGCCCCCUCCCCCGUUCCACCGCCCCCCGCCCCGAGGGGGUCGCGGCGGUGCCGAGCCCCCCCCUCCCCCCCCUUAUCGCUGCCGGGGUGGGGGUGGGGGAGGGGGCAGGAGCGGGGGACCCCCCCCCAAUGGCGGCGGCGGCGGCGGGGGGUCUCGGGGGGGUCCUCCCCCACCCCCCGGCGGGCACGGCGAGCACGGCAGAGACCACCCCCCCCCCCCGGGGCCACGGCGGAGGGCACGGCGGAGACAUGUCGAGCCGCGCCGUGUGCCGCCACUUCAUGCUCAAGGGCAGCUGCAGGUACGAGAACAACUGUGCCUUCUACCACCCCGGCGUCAACGGGCCCCCCCUGCCCUGAAACCCCCCGAAAUCACCCCAAAAAAAACCCCAAAUCCACCCCAAAAACCCCCCCCGGUUAUGGCUUCCGUGAGGCCUCGGAGGGGGAAAGAACGGAGAGGAAAAAUGGGGGAAAAAUCAGAUUAUUGUUGGGGUGUGGUGGUGGUGGUGGUGGUGGUGAGGGGGGGUUGGGUGGAGAUUUGGGGAAAAACUUGGAAAUUUGGGGCAAAACUUGGAAAUUCAGGGCAGGAAUUGGAAAUUUGGGGUAAAAAUUGGAAAUAUGGGGUAGGAAUUGGGAAUUUUGGGUAGAAAUUUGAAAUUUGGGGUAAAAAUUGGAGGUUUGGGGUAGGAAUUGGAGAUUUGGGUAAAAAAUUGGAGAUUUGGGGUAGGAAUUGGAGAUUUGGGGUAGAAAUUAGAAAUUUGGGGUAAAAAUUGGAAAUAUGGGGUAGGAAUUGGAAAUUUUGGGUAGAAAUUAGAAAUUUGGGGUAAAAAUUGGAGGUUUGGGGAAGGAAUUGGAGAUUUGGGUAAAAAAUUGGAGAUUUGGGGUAGAAAAUUGGAGAUUUGGGGUAGGAAUUGGAGAUUUGGGGUAGGAAUUGGAAAUUCAGGGCAGGAAUUGGAAAUUUGGGGUAAAAAUUGAAGAUUUGGGGCAGGAAUUGGAAAUUUAGGGGGGAAAAUGCUCCUUUAAGGGGUGGAAAUUGGAAAUUUGGGGUUAAAAAUUGGAAAUUUGGGGUUAAAAAGUGGAAAUUUCGGGUAAAAGGUGGAGUGUAGGGGGAAAAAGCCCCUUAAAGGGGCAGAAAUGUGAAUUUUUGGAGGGAAAAAUGUGAAUUUUGGGGGGGAAAUCAAAUUUAUGGGGUGGGAAUUGAUCUUUAAGAGCCAGAAAUUGGAAUUUAGGGGGGAAAAGUUGGAAUUUAGGAGUGGAAAUCCUUUCACAAGGGACAGAAAUUGUCAUUUAUGGAGCGGAAAUUAAAAUUUUCCGGGUGGAAAUGGG